AUGACAGCUUUUUACCAGUGCGCUGUCGUCAGUGAAGCUUGGUCGCUGUCUACCCCGGCGAUGGCUGGGUGUCUGCAAAGGGAAAUUGAUUCCUGUGAUUCACAGAGGCAGAAGGCAAAGCCAUCAUCUCGCAAUCAUGGUUCAGGUGACGCUUUGGCGCUGGUCACGGCAGUGAUGCAUCCCUGCGGUAUAUGGAAGCCAGUCUGGGAUAUACCAUCGCUAUUUGACACCUUGGAAUUUCUUCGCCCUGUCGACGGGUUGAAAAUUGCUGCAGCGUUCAAUGAUGACAUGCAACGAUAUCCAACCGAACAAACUUUCUGCACACUACGUUGCCUGACCGGCUCAUGUCUCUAUUCGCUGGUCAGCCUGUCAGGAACAAACUUUGACGGGAUAUACUUUCAGAUAACAUGGAUGGCCCUGACUGACCAUAUCAUCCCAUAA